AACCAAACCCACCAAGCCCCCGAUCCCGAAGCCGCGUCCACCAAAUCAGCCUCGACUCGACGAGGGUUUAGGGGGAAGAGGCGCGCGGAGAACCCUAGCCGCCGCCGAUGGGGAUCUUCGACCUGCUCGACCUGGCCGACGGCGCCUCGGGCGACGAGGCCGUAGCCCGCGUCGUCAAGAAGGUCGUCCCGCCCGACGACCCCGACAAGCCCACCAAGGCCGCCAAGAAGGCCGCCGCCGCCGCCGCCAAGGACGCCGCCGCCAACCCCCCCAAGGACGACCACCCGCCCCACCACCACGACCAGCAGCAGCACUACCCCCAAGAGGGUGGAAACUAUUACCAAAGGGAGGGCAACUUUGGUGGAGGCCGUGGCAGAGGCCAGGGCUACUAUGGUGGUGGUGGUGGCAGAGGAGGCCGUGGAAGGGGACGUGGGGCCGGAUCCAGUCGUGUCUUUGAGGAUGCCAACGGUCGUUUCUAUCACGAUGGCUAUCAACGUGUCUACCUCACCAACGACCGUCCAUACUAUGGCAAUGGCAACGGCAACCGCGACUACAACAACAACAACGGCAACGGAGGUGGCUACAACCAGGCCCCUGACUCUAACUACCGCAAUGGUGGUGAGGGCCAGAGGUACGGCAAUGAUGACAGGCAGUACGGGAGGGACAACAUGAAGUACGUUCCUAAGAGCAAGCCAUCCUCUGUGGCUGCUUCUGAUGUUGAUACCAAGUCUGAAGGCAAGGUGGAGCCUGCUGCUGUGGAGAAGCAGGAGGAAGCCCCUGCUGCUCAGAAUGUUGCUUCUGAAUCUGACAAGUCUACAGGGGAUGUGCAAAAAGAUGAUUCUAAGAAGGAAGAGGGAGAGGGUGCCGAAAAGAAGCCAGAGGGAGAAUGCGCUGAUAAGGAGGGAGAUGGCGCCGAGAAGAAGGAGAAGACCAAUAAGGCCAAGUGCAUCAGUGGCUCUGUCAAGAGGAAGCUCAAGAAGCAAAAGCCUAAGAAGGAAGACUCUAAUGGCGAUGCUCCUAAUGAGACCACUGCUGAGAAAGAGCAGGAGGCUCCCAUCGAACAAGAGAAAAUUGAGAUGACCCUUGAAGAAUAUGAGAAGAUGCAAGAAAAGAAGAAGUCUCUGGAGGCCUCUAAACCUGAGGAGAGGAGGGUUGCUGCUGUAGAUUUUGAGGGUCUCCAGCUCUUGGAGAAGAAGAAGAUUGAGGUUGAUGCUAAAUUGAAGGCGGAAAAUGUUCGCAAGGCAAAGGAGGCUGCUGCAAAGGAAGCUAAACCUCGCAAGGUCAGCAUCCAGGAGUAUCUGAAGAAUGAGGAUGGUUCAGCGUACGUACCUCCGACACCACCAAGGCGCCCUCAAUAUGGUGGCGGCUACAGGGGAGGCCGUGGGAAUGGUUCUUACAAUGGCCGCAGCAGCCGUGACAACAGCUCUGAGCGCCGGGUCUACAAUUCUGGCCGCGGCGAGAGUGCCAUCGUGUUCCACAACGUUGAGGCCAACGCCAACGACAGUGGCGCCCCAAGGAGGGGUGAGGGCUACAAUGGCGAGCGCCGGCAAGGCGGCUACCAGCAAGGCGGGUACAAUGGCGGCAGGGGCAACGGCAGGUACCAGGAGCGCCAGGACGCCGGGAGCAAGCAGCAGGGUGGCUACUACCAGGAGCGCAGGGAUGCCUACAAUGGUGACCGCCGGGAGCAAGGCGGGUACAACAAUGGUGGUGGCCGGGGCAAUGGUGGUUACCAGGAGCGCAGGGAUGGCUACAAUGGCGACCGCCGGCAGCAAGGCGGGUACAACGGUGGCCGUGGCAAUGGAGGUUACCAGGAGAACAAUGGUGGCCGUGGCCAGGAGCGCCAGGAUGCCUACAAUGGUGAGCGCAGGCAGCAAGGCGGGUACAACAAUGGUGGUGGCCGGGGCAAUGGUGGUUACCAGGAGCGCCAGGAGGGUGGUGAGCGCAGGCAGCAAGGUGGGUACAACAAUGGCGGCGGAUACCAGCAGGGCGGCAACUACAGGCAGUGGCAAGGUCCCAGGCCAAAGCAGGACAAGGAGUUCACACCGGCCGACUUCCCGGCUCUAGGUGGCGCAUCUCAGUCGCAGUCGCAGUCGCAGGCCCAGCCCCAGCCCCAGGCCUAGAUAGGUCUUUUUUUCUUUUCUUAUUAUUGCGAGGGAGAGAAGUUUAGAGUUGAGAAGAGGAGACAGUUUUGUAACGGAGCUACUACGUGGUAUCAUGUGUUGCACUGGUUUUAUUACAAGUUUUGGUGUUUACCUGUUGAUUGAUUUGAUU